GUCAUGGUCAGCAUUGCAGUCACGACCUUGAUGUUGUUGCCUCUCAACGUGGUUAGUGCUCUCCUGAGCAUACCUAAUUUCUACGGGACCGAGCCCAGCCCGAGAAUUUUUGCAGGUAUGAUGUUUGGGGUUGUGAUGCUACUACUUGCCGUUUAUAUCUCGGUCCACAACUGGACCAGCCUCAAAAGCACUUCCCUCAACCUGGCCUCUGCCAUCCAAGUGCAGCUGUUGAGGCGUGGAGUAAGUCGUAAUGGAACGUGGAACCAGGACUGUGAUUUGGAGCAGGUGCCAGUGACUUGAACGUCUUUGGGCCUCAGAGAGAAUAAACAAUUUCUCACAGGAUAGAUAUAGCCCAGUAGAAUAACGCCAUAGCA